AUGUCGAGCCCCGCCGACCCCGAGGUCACAGCCGAGAAUGUCGCCGAGGUCCUUCGGAAUGACACGAAAGUGAAGGUGGCGGGAGUGGAUGUGGAUGGCAUUCUGCGCGGCAAACUCAUGAAGAAAGACAAGUUCUUAUCCAUCAUCGCCGAGGGCUUCGGCUUCUGCUCUGUCAUCUUCGGCUGGGAUCAACAUGAUGCGACGUAUUAUAAGGAGCUGGCUAUCAGCAACAAGGAAAACGGAUAUCGCGACCUUGUCGCAGUCCCAGAUUUACGCAGUUUCCGUCGCAUUCCUUGGGAGAACAAUGUGCCCUUUUUCCUCAUCAGCUUCUUGGAUCCAGACACACGGGAGCCGGUUUGCGCCUGCCCACGGGGAUUGAUAAAGACUGCAGCUGCCAAAGCCGAGGCGGCGGGGUAUCGGGCGAUGGCAGGAGCGGAGUAUGAAUUUUACCAAUUCCGCACGCCGGGAAACCACGUUACCCCCGAACAAGGCGCAUCUGCAACGGCCGCCUUCCUCCUGUCGAAUCCAGCCGAUGCAUUGCCGUCGUUGACAGAAGGCAUGUUUGGUUAUUCAAUCACUCGGCCCCUCCACAACCAAGAUUACUACUAUGGGAUCUUCGACGCCUGCGAGCAGUUCCGAUGCGAUAUUGAAGGGUGGCAUACUGAAAGCGGACCAGGAGUCUAUGAAGCUGCGUUACAAUUUGGCGAAGCAAAGGAUAUGGCUGAUAAGGCGGGGUUGUUCAAAUACGUCGUCAAAGCAUUCGGAAUCAAGCAUGGCAUUACCCCAUGCUUCAUGGCCAAACCCCGACAAGGGCUGCCAGGGAACAGCGGACACAUGCAUAUCUCGCUCGUCACGGCCGACGGAAAGAAUGCCUUCAUUCGCGACACCCCCGAUCCAUCCCCCCUCUACCCCGAUAUCGCCCAUCUGUCCGACUUGGGUCGACACUUCCUAGCUGGCCUUCUUGUCGGCCUGCCGGACAUCAUGCCUAUCUUAGCCCCGACGAUCAACUCCUACAAGCGCCUGGUGGAGAACUUCUGGGCGCCGGUCACGGUCUCUUGGGGACUGGAGCACCGGGCCGCGUCAAUCCGUCUGAUCACCCCACCGACAGCCAGUGCAAAAGCGACCCGGUUCGAGGUUCGCGUGCCAGGUGCGGACACCAAUGCACACCUUGUUCUCGCGGCGAUCCUGGCAUUGGGAUGGCGCGGAGUUGAGAAGAAGCUCGAGAUACCCGUGCCGCCUCUUGCCCGCGGUGAGGAUAUGGGCGGUGCUAGUGAUCAGGGUGUGCGUCUGGCAAAGUCCCUGAAGGAGGCGAUCGUUACAUUUACGCGGCCUGAGAGUGUCGCACGGGAGGUCUUCGGCGAUUUAUUCGUCGACCACUUUGCCGGGACUCGGGAGCACGAGGUGCGCUUGUGGGAAGAGGCCGUGACCGAUUGGGAGAUGAAGCGAUACAUCGAGACCGUGUAA